GAUCAAGGAUCUUGAGAAAGCUCUCCUUGAGGGCUGUGAUUUUGGUAUCCUGAGGACAAUCUGUCAGGGGAAGCCAGUCCCUGCUCAUCUUAGACCACAAGUAUGGAAGAUCUGUCUGAACAUCACAGACACAGAUGACACGUUGUCAGGGUUUGAUGGGUUGUAUGACAUGGAUGAGCAGAAACAAGUCAGAGAAGAUUGUCAGAAGUUAGUAGAAAAUCUAGGAAAUGAGGAGGAAGAUAAAGUGUCCAUAGUCAGUGACCUGGAGGAAAUCAUCACUUUUUACUGCAAGUCCAAGAAUAUCAAGUACUCUAGUGAUAAUGGCUGGCUGGAGAUACUACAACCCAUGUUGUCUCUGAAACUCCCCAAGGAAGACCUUUAUAAUGUCUUUUAUGCAUUCCUCAACAGAUAUGUACCAAGAGAGUGUAAGAAGAAUGGCAAGCCAUUCCACCUGUUCAGACUUCUCCUGCAGUACCAUGAGCCUGAGCUGUGUUCUUUCUUAGACACCAAGAGGGUCACCCCAGACCUGUACGCACACUCCUGGUUUCGCAGUGUCUUGGCUGGUCCGUCAGACUUAGACGUGAUACUGAACAUGUGGGACGUGUAUCUCCAGCAAGCUGAUCCCUUCCUUAUGUUCUUCUUAUCUCUGGUGAUUCUUGUUAAUGCUAAAGAACAGUUGGUAGAGAUGGAGCAGGAAUCCAAACACUCUAUAAUUGAAAAAAUAGUAGGAUUUCCCAGUGCCCUGGAAGCUGAAGACAUUGAAGACUUCUGUUCCUUGGCCCAGUAUUAUGCAUCAAAAACACCCCAAUCAUUUAGAAGAGACUACCAGGUCCCUCUGUAUGGCAGUAGUGGUAUGUCAAGUCACAGAGAUGACCAGACUGAUAUCCAGGUGUCCCAGGCCCUCUGUCUACCUGUCUCUGUGGGGGAGCUCCUACAGGCCAAUCAGCUGGGAGGGGGAGAUGGUGUUAGAUAUUUUGUAGUGGACUGUCGUCCUGCUGAGCAGUAUAAUAGUGGUCAUCUACCAACAGCUUUCCAUCUGGAUGCUAACUUGAUGCUCCAAAACCCAUUUGAGUUCAACACAGCAGUCCAGGCAUUGUUUGCCACACAGAAACAAGCCAUUUCAGCAGGUUCAGUAGCAGGAGGGGAGCACCUGUGUUUUGUGGGCAGUGGCAGGGAGGAAGAAGACCAGUAUGUUCACAUGGUGGUGGCUAACUUCCUGCAGAAACACACAGCAUAUGUGAGUGUAGCCAGAGGAGGUUAUACAGCUAUCCAUGAGUCACUGAAGGGGAACCUGGCAGAGGGAAUCAAGGACCACAACCCCAAGUCUUGUAUAGUGUGCAAUCCAGAUGCCCCUGAGGCUGCUGCAGAUAUAGACUCCACUGAGGAGUUUGGGGAAAAGAAAAUAUCCUUCAGAGAGAAAUUUUCUGCCUUGAAAUCAAAAUCAGCAGAAAUGAGGGAAAAGCUAGUUAGUUAUAUUAAAAAUGAACACCAAGGUGCAGAAGAGAGACAUGUUAGCAGUGCAGACAAAGUAGGCAAACGCUACAGAAACAUGGCCAAUGUAUUUACAAUAGAUGACGAUGAUGAUGAUGAACUUCCUAAUACUGCUGACUCUGAUGAUGACAGAAAGGAGACAGUGCACAUAGACACAUGGCGGGGCAGGUCUGAUGUACUCCAUGCUUUUAAAUGUAAUCAAGUCAUAGACAGUGGCCAUAUGUUUGAAAGUCAUUUGCUCAUCACGGAGAGUCACAUGUACGUUUUAAGGGACAUCCCAAACAAAAAAGGAAUGGCACUCAUCAUGCACAGGCGCCCUCUGGCAACCAUAUUAAAAAUAACCUCAAAGAAGAAGCUCCCCGAGUUAAUCUCAUUCAAGUAUGGGACAAAUGGAGAGGAAAUGAAAAUUACAGACGUUGACAGGUUUCUGAUACAGGAGGCCGGAGAAGCUACAAAAGUUAUUAAAAGACAGAUUAUGAAAGUCCUGGAUAUGUUGGACACGUAAAAGGGGGGUGGCUUAAUAAAUCUAUGUGUCUUGGAGCGUAUCGAUAGGGAUGUAGCUUAUCUUGUCACAUGUCAGCACACAUUAUCUUAACAUGGGGCGGAUUAAAAUUCAUGACUGCUUAAAGAAUGGUUAUGUUAACCACUUUUGGGAGAUACAUAAUUUAAGGUCGCUGUCCACUUAGGAGGAGUUGCUUUGUUAUUGUCCUAAAAUGCUUGUAUCCAUAAAUGUGUUGCAAUUUAUGAAAAGGAAAUACAAAUGAGUUAAAACUUUUGUAGUCAGAUAUGGGUAGAAAAGGUGUAGAUGGAAAUUGUGUACCAUCGAGGCUAAAUGGUAGCUUCUUUGCCAAGGUUUCAGCUGUAUCAUCCUGUGAGAAAAAAGCAAGGGGUGUUAUCCAAAUUUGUGGAUCCAAGAUGAUGUCCUGUAUGGAUUUUGAGACAUAUUUCAACUGACACAGGCUUAUCUAUAUUAUGAUCUUUUAUUUAUCGUUACUGGACAGUUCAUGUAGUGUUGCGCCUCUGUCUGCGCCUGAAAAAAAAUUUUCAUUCAUCUCCAUUGGUCAGUGAAAA